AUGAGGUACGAAGUUGCAGAUGCCUUGAAUGAAUAUAAUAUUCAUUGUUAUACGUUUCCAGCUAACUCAACUCACUUAUUGCAACCAUUGGAUUUAUUGGUUUUCGGUAUUUUCAAAAGAAAAUUGGAAAUUGAUUGGAAAUUGAUAAAAGCAUCUUAUUUGGAUGAAUUGGAAAAUAAUGACGAUAAAUCUUUGGCAUGUGUUUCCAAUACUUUAGUUAUAAAUGAAAAACCCUCUUCAACCCAAAUAGCAGAUGCAAGAAAGAUUGGGUUCCAAAUUAACAGUUUGGGUGUAGGAGUUAAUAAUUCUCAAUUUACACCAAUAACACCAGAAACAACCUUAUUAGCAUCAGUGGUAAAUCCAAUUUUCUCUCGAACUCCAUAUUCAUCAGAUAGUAGAUAUUGCAACCAAAAUUCAUAUAAUAUUCAAAUAGAAGCUAAAGGUGUUUCCAUAACAAGUGCAUCAACUAAUAAUACAAACUUUAAACUUAAUCAAAAAUUUCAAACCAAUGAUAAAUAUUUGUAUAAUCUUAUUUCAUAUGGAAGUUUAGAAUAUGGAAUUUAUUAUCAAGAAUUAACAUUUACAACAAACGAUAAUAAUAAUCAUACAUAUCAAUUUAUGACAACAUGUAGUGAUUUAAAUAUUGAUGAUCUUUUUGUAAUAAGUGAAACAAAACCUUUUCAUAUGGCUUCAUCUUAUUAUUACUACCUCAAAAUAUCUGGAAUAAAACCACAUUUUCCUAUAGAAAUAUAUACAGAUUAUGUUUCCGGUGUCAACAUCCUCCAUUCAGGUGAUCCAAUUUAUAAUUAUGUAAUACAGUUGAGUUUAGGUGCUUUACAAAAUUUAUCUCAAGAUAUAAACUUUAAUUUAAAAUUUAGUAACAAUAGGUUAUUUCCUAUUAGUAUUGGAUCAUAUUUCUCUCAAUUUGACGAACAAGAUUUAGCGACAAGUCAUAUAGAUACAUUUUAUCCACCAAAUAUAUUAUCACCAGGACUUAAUUUCACACAAUUUAGUUAUUUUUGUGGUCCAGUAUUCCAAUCAAUAUUAAACACAAACAUUAUGAGACCAUAUCAAUUAAUUCGAACUAAUUCUGGUGAAAAAUACACUCUCCCAUUAAAAGGAAAAAAGGGUAAUAUGACAUUUAUUGGUUUUGUUGUUAAUGGAAAUUCCACUUUUAUUAAUGAAGAUGGAUUUUCGAUUAAUAAUUCAAGUAUAUCAGUAAAUAUUCAAGAUAUAAUUUUACCAAAAAUCUACUCAACUACAAAUAGUUGUGAAACUUUAUAUAUUAAUCCAAUUCCAGUAUAUUCUGUAACAAUCAAUGUAACUGAGCCAUACCAGUUUACUGAUUUUACAUAUGGUUAUUUUAGUAGUGAAAUUAGAGGUUGGCCAUAUGGGUUUUAUUCAGGUAAUAAUAAUUAUUAUACACAUAAAGUUUCAUUAGUUCAACUUUUGGAAUAUUCAAAAUCUGAUUAUUAUAGUUUUGGCAUCACUGAUGGAGGUGAGUUUAGUGUUCAAUUUUCGCCAUUGACUCUUGAUCAAUCUAAUUCACCUCCCAAAUUAUUAUCAUAUCAAUUCACAAGAGUUUCAAGUCAAAAAUAUAUAUUAAGGUUAACAAUCGAAAGUGUUAAUGGAAUUAGAAAUUUUAUGGCUACAGAACAAUUAUAUGUCAGUAUUGACACUUUAGUUAGUGGCACAAUUUACAAUGGUACAUUUGAAUUAAUUACAGGUUUUCAUGGUGUAAAAUAUGUUAUAAUGUUUGAUUUAUAUGGUUAUAGUUCUAUUUAUAAUCCAGGUGAUAUAGUUUCAAUAGAUCCAUUAGUUAUAUUCCAAUUACCACAAGAAAUAAGUUAUAAAUUAAAUAUUUCAAAUUUUCAAAACAAUAAUAUUAGAUUUUUAAAGAAUAAUUUAAGCUUAGAGGAAGAUUCUUAUAAUAUUUUGUAUGUAAAUUCAAGCGAUAUUCCACCAUAUAAAACAAUGGCACUUGUUUUAUUGGAUAUAAUAUCAUUUCCAAUAGAAAGAGAUAUGACUGAUGUUGCCAAUAUGUUAUAUAGAAAUCCAUUCAUUUACAAUGCCAGCACAGGAAUAUUUGAAUGUAAAUUCAUAUUACCAAAGAAUAAUAUGUUUGGAAAUAUUCAAUAUAUGAUUGAACAUUCACCAGAAUCAGGAUUUUAUAGUACUGAUAUAGUUAAUGAACUCUUUGUAGAUAAGACUGAACUUGACAAUCAAGGUCCAAUUUUUAGUUCUUUUGAAAAAAUUGGAAAUGGUUUAGUAAUUUCAACAACAGGUACAAUUGGUUGGAAAUUUAAUAUUACAGAUGAUUUAAAUGGGUUUGAAAGUGGUUAUAUUAAAGUAAUGGGUUCAAUUGAUAGUUCAACUUAUCAUUUCAAUUUUACAAUCGAUGAUGUAAUUGGUGAUAAAUUCAAUUGCCAAUAUCAAAUUUUAAUUAAUAUUACUCAACCAUGUAUAUCACAAGAAUAUAGAAUCGUUAGAGUUAUAUUGUUUGAUACAAAUAAAAUAGCUUCAAGAUUUAAUUUAUAUACACCUUCAUUACUUACUGCUUCAAUAAUUAAUCCAUUUAUUAAUUUCUUAGAAAGAGGUAUUGGUAUUACAGUUUUACCAUUUACAUGUUCAAUAUUACAAGUAAUAGAAAAUAUAAAACCAACAUUAUUAUCAUUUACAACAUCAGCAACAACCAUUGAUGUAGGUGCGACCAAUAGAACCAUUUCAUUUGAUUUUUCAAUUGAUAGUGGUGUACCGAUUAUUAAAAUCGAUCAAUUACCAAUAAUUUAUAUAACUUCAUUAUUUAAUGGAUUGGUAGAAUGUAAAUCAAAAUUAGUAUCGUAUAAUAUAACAAAUGUUUCUUAUUCCUGUGCAACUGAAUUACCAUUGGGUUUUGGUUUCCCAAAUGCUUUAAUAUUUUCAGUAUAUGGUAUUGUAAAUAAUGGUGGUUAUUAUUAUGGUUAUUCAAGUGAUGAUAUUCAAAGAGUACCACUCUCAAACUAUUAUAUUAAUACAACAUUUACAAUUAACCAACCAGUAAUCAAAUCAACAGAUCGAUAUUAUUCAGAUGAUAAUGGUGAAUUGGUUAUAUAUGGUAGAGGUUUUUCAAAAGUUUCCAGAAUUGAUUUUGUUUACAGCGAUAGUAGUUUGACGCCAAAUUCAGCAAGUUUAAUGUUAAUUCAUGGAUCAUCAGCAAUUAGAGUGGGAAGAAUUAAAAAUACUAAGAGCCCAUUCUAUAUUAAAGCUUUAACAAUUGAUGGUUUCAUAUCAAAUGAAUUUAUUGUUAAUCCAGUUUAUUUUAAUUCUACUAUAAUACCAACUCCAACACCAAUACCAACCACAACACCAAUACCAACAAUAACACCAAUUCCAACCAAUCCACCACAAAAAUGUCUAGGUAAUCCAGAAUGUGGUGGUAAAAAUCAAGGUUAUUGUUCAUCAACAGGUUGUAUUUGUUAUUCACCAUGGAUUGGAGUAACUUGUACUUCUCAAAUUAUUAUUGUACCACAACCAUCAAUUAAUACAACAAAACCAGAUGUUGAAAUACCAACAGAUAAUAAUGGUCAAUCAUCAGAAACAAAUAGUGAAGAAUCUCAAAAAAUGAUAUUUAAAUCAUUAAUAUCAUUAGUAUCAUUAAGAGAAUUAGAUUUUAAUAAUAAAGAAGUAAAUAAUUAUAAAUUCGAUCAAUGGAUAUAUACACCAAUUAACGAAUUUAAAAAUCAGUACUUUACAACAGUAUCAAAUACAAAUAUAACAGCAACUUUAGAAUGGUUUAAUCAAAGUACACCAAUUCAAUUCGCAAAUCAAAAUUUAACAAUGAAUCCAUCUAGUAUUAAAUAUACAAUUGAAAUUACAGAAUAUCAAUUUAAAAGUUCAUUAAAUCAACUUCAAUUAGUAAUGGAAGCAUCAUUAACAACAAACUCAAAUGAUAUUUGCACAUCAAAUCAAUUUGGUAAUACAUCAACAGGUGAUGAUUCAAAUUAUUUAAAGAUUCAAAUUGAAAAUCAUUCACUUUAUGGUAGAUUCAUUAAACGUGCUAUUAUUGAUAAUACUGUUAAAAGUAUAAGUAAUGUUUUAUUAGAUUCAUCAUUAAAUGUAAUUGAUAGUUCAUCAUCAUCAUUACAAUCAUUUAUUGGUAUUACAAUUCCAAAUUAUAGAAACUCAAUAAUAGUUGAUCCAGAUUUCUCAGUGCUUAUCGAUAGCAAAUCAGCCUCUGAUGAAGAUAACUCAGUUUGUACAAAAAGUAAUUCUGGUUUAACAACUGCUCAAUUAGCUGGUAUUAUUGUUGGUUCAAUCGCUUUCGCUGCUGUAAUAAUUAUUGGUGUUAUUUAUAUAAUCAUUAAAAAGAACAAACAAAAGAAAUUCGUAGAUUCUGUGAAUAGAAAAAUGGCUGAAAUGAAUAAAAAUUAA